AUGGAGGCCCUGCUGGGCCCCUCUGGUGCCGGCAAGUCCACGCUCAUGGACAUUCUGGCGCAGCGCAAGUCAACGGGCAACCUGGGGGGCGCCGUGCUGGUAGACGGGCGGCCAGCGGACGCCGCGUUCCUCCGGCGGACGGCCUACGUGCCGCAGCGGGACAACUUUGUGCCAGUGAUGACGACCAUGGAGGUCAUGCAGUUCUACGCGGGGAUGAUCCUGCCAGGCUGCUGGAGCACCAGCCGCCGCGCCGCCCGUGUGGAGGAGGUGCUGCAGGAGAUGGGCCUCGCGCACGCCACAAAGACGCUGGCCGGCGGCCAGAUGCCCGGCGGCCGCACGAUCCGCGGGCUGAGCGGCGGCGAGCGCAAGCGGCUGUCUAUCGCGGCGGGCAUCCUGGCGGCGCCCAGUGUGGUGUUUCUGGACGAGCCCACCACCGGGCUGGACUCGUUCUCCGCGCUUACGGUGAGCCCCUAG